AUGGUUGGAACUAGGCGCAACAUCCUCAAUAGCCACAACAGCAACGGUGACAUUCACAGCAGAGGCAAUCUCAACGAAGUCAAUAAGUACCAGCGCGUCGACCUGGAAAGUGGAUAUGGAGCGAUCAAUCCUGUCAAACCAAGGAAGCGAUUUCGUGAUGCUAUCGACCAAACUCUGAGGGAGAAUCGCGCCAAUGAAAUGAAACAGAAGUUGAUCGAUAACAUCGACCACGAAGCGCUCGAAAUUUACAGGAAAAGCGACGAGAGUCUCAAAACCAUAAAAAAUAAGAAGGUACGCAACUUCUACGAGGAGCAGAACGAGCGCAUAGACGACUGGGCCGAAGUCGACAUGGUUGUUUCUUCGCUCGCCGACGAUAUUGUUGAUAGCAUGAAUCCACGAGACACCGAUGGCGACGGCGUAGCAGAAGACCGAGGACCACUGGGUAUUAGUGGCGGGGAUUUGGAACCUUUUCUUCCCGAAGAAGAGCGUAAUCGACGAGCGAAAUCUGCCAAACACGCGAGGUGGGCAAUUAAUAUCAACGUCCUCGUAAACAUUCUUCUACUCGCAGCCAAGAGUGUAGCGGCCAUCUGGUCCAGCUCUCUGUCAUUGAUCGCAUCCCUUGUUGAUUCGGGACUUGACCUGCUCUGCACCGUCAUUAUUUGGACCACGAACAAGCUUGUGGGUUGGCGUUUGCAGAGUCUACGAAAAAAGUUCCCCAUCGGCCGACGACGUCUCGAACCCAUCGGUAUUCUAGUUUUCUCCAUCAUCAUGGUCAUUUCGUUCCUUCAGAUCUUGCAAGAAUCUGUCAAGAAGCUCUUGCCAAGCGGCGAUCACAGCGUAUCUCAACUGCCGCCCGCUGCUAUCUUCGCCAUGGUAGCUACAAUCGUCGUCAAGGGCACUAUUUGGAUCGGAUGCGCAAAGGUCAAGACAACGCAAGUACAGGCGUUGGCUCAAGACUGCAAGACUGACGUCUACUUUAAUACGCUCUCCCUUCUUUUCCCGCUUAUCGGCGGCCACGUCGGCGUCUGGUGGCUCGAUCCUCUUGGAGCUGCUUGCCUUUCGCUAUUCAUCAUCUAUGACUGGGCUUGCACUUGCUUCGAGAAUGUCACCCGUCUGACUGGCGAGGCGGCCAGUGACCGUGUUGAACGUAAGAUGAUGUAUAUGGCGUACCGCUUCUCACCCCUCGUCGAGGGCUUCAAGAGCCUCAAGUGCUACCACGCGGGUGACGGUGUCUGCGUGGAGAUUGAUGUGCUCAUGAAGGAGGAGACACCAUUAAGAAAGUGCCACGACAUUGCCGAGACCUUGCAAUAUUGUCUUGAGGGCCUGGACGAAGUAGACCGCGCUUUUGUAACCAUGGAUUACACUUCGCAAGGUCCCACAGGGCAUGCUGAUAGCUAG